GAGGAAAAAAGAACAGUAAGUGGGGAAGGUGCUGUACUAAACAAGGUGUGCACAGCAAGACUGGAUUGUAUAACGGACAUGCAACUUUCAGAAGGUGGUUUUUCACCUGUGUCUGGCCCUAUGGUCCCUGAUUAUGUUGUGUGAUGUCGACUGUGGCACCGAGGCUGCUGGCCGAGUGACUUGCACUAAUCAUGGUGGUGAUGAACCGCCGACCAUUUCUUGUCCUCAGUCCUGUCCCAACCACGGACUUCACAGGGUGUGAGACUUUCACAAUGGUGAACCUGAGUGAUGCUGAUGUUUGUUGGAGCAACUCACCACCACUGGUGGUCGUGACUGUCGAGACCUAGUGUCGGCACUACUCACACACUCACCUGUUGCCGAUGUCCUCACAAAGCAUCUCACCCACACACUGACACACAACCAUGAGCGGCGAAGUCAUGGAAACUAAAAUCUGGAAAUACUAUCCUGUUGAGGAGGAAAAUCCCGAACUGGAGGACUUCGGUGGCGUGAAAUGGUGGUACUGGAAAAGCCUAAACGGCUUCAGCCGGAGCUCUGGCAUGGGAGAAUACCUGUGUAUCGGUGAUUACCUGUGUCUGUACUGCGAGGAGACAGAAGGAUUCGUGUACAGCCAUCAGUCAAGCACCGCCAACAAUGGCUUGUUUGUCUUCUCGCACCAGGACCGGAAUCGGCCAACAAAUAUUCCCAAUCCACACGCGGUUGUGUUUCAGAUAUGCAUUCAGAACCGCUACAAGCUGAACAAGAAGUACCGGAAAUGGCUGGCUUUGUCACAGGUGGAGGGAGCCGACAGCAGCAUCCGCGCCAUGCUCUUGCAGGCCAAGAUGGCGGCGGAUGCGGAGGACAAGGACAACCUGGCGGAGCAGACGCGGCAGCACGGCAAGCGCGUGCGGUACGGCGAGAUCGUGCAGCUCAAGCACAUGUUCACUGGCAAGUUCGUGCACAUGAACACCACGCACACCAGCAAGAAGGACAAGAACAACAUGAAGGUCUCCCUGGUGGAGUUCAAUGCCAAGAAUGCCCAGUUCCGCAUCCUGCCUCGUUAUAAAGUCAAGUCGGAGGGUGAAGUGGUACAACUGUACGACCAGAUCGUGUUUGAGAGUGUCAAGUCCCCAGGCCACUAUUUCCACGCCAGUGAACCGUAUCAAAUCGACCAUUUCUCCUUUGGAGCUGAACUAAACCUGGGAGUGGAGCGGUCAAGCUUCACGUUGAUCGGCAGCUACAGGGAGUCACUGGAGCGGAACCACUUUGUGAGGGGCGGCUCAGUCAUUCGACUGUUCCACAAAGAACUGGAGGCCUACCUGGUGGCGGAGGGUCUCUUUGAUGAGGUGGUGACUGAGGAUGUUCAUUUCCGCAUUCGCGCCAUUGACCAGCACAGACCCAAGUCCCUGUCCCCCUCGACAUCAGGGAUCACGUACUGGCAGAUAGAGGCGGAGCACAGUAUUUUGGAUGGUGACGUUUUACGAUGGGAGCAGCAGGUUCGCUUACGUCACCUGCUGACGCGACAGUACUUGUGUAUCGAUGCCAAGAUGGAUGUGUCGCUGGUUCCCGACCCUACAGACCCUCGCACCGUCUUCAGGCUUCAUUCCGUGCUCAAGGAACGCGACGAGAUUCAGUUCGAGAGCUACGCGCGCAUCGAGCACAUGCUGACGUCCAGCUGGCUGCACGCGCUCAAAGACGAAGACUACAAGAAGCACCAGUACGAGGACGGCGACAACGAGCGGUCGAUGCAGGGACUCCGCUGGGAUGGUGCUGCUGUCAGGAAGGUGUCUGCUAGCAGUGAGAGUAUGUACGAUGACGCCUAUACCAUCCAGUGGACAGAGCCGGAGGACGUCAGCAACUUCAACUACGUGGCGGGCAUGGUGCCCUUCCUCUUCAACCUCAUCCAGGACCAAAGAAAUGGAGCCCCGCUCAACGCUCGGACAACACACGAGAUCAUCUCUACACUCAAAGAGAUCAAAGACUUCAUGCUUCCAGACGGCCUCCCAAGGAAGGAGAGGCAAAAACUGAUGCGAAAUCUCCGGGUGAUUGACCUGCUGGUAAAGCUGCUGCAGUGUCCGUUGAGGGAGGGAGACGAGGAGGCCCACAUGAUCCGAGUCUUCAAGGAAGCCUACGAUGUCCUACAUGCUUACAUGAUCGGCAAGUCCCGCAAAAACGCUCUCUACUUCGCCAAGUAUAUCGACUUCUUCCAGACACAGUUCACACAGAAGGGUGGUAUUGGACUGAACGUGGCUCAGAUGAUCGUGGAACUGAUCCGAGACAAACGGAAGAUUGUUGACCGCAUCACACAUACACACGUGCAGAACUUCAUUCAGCUCUUAAGGAGCAACCAGAACUAUCGGUUCCUGGACCUCCUGCAGGUGCUGUGUGUGUGUGACGGCGUGGCCAUUCCAAACAAUCAGACCUACAUCGUGCGCCACUGGCUCAAGGCACACAAAGAGAGCAUCUACCUCUUGGACCGCGGACAGAACAUCAACAAGCGGCCCAACAUCGUGUACGUGUCAAUGGACAGCGGCAACACGUGGGUGGCACUGCACCAGUUCGUCGACCCCACAAGUGAGGAGUAUGAGCACGAGAGGUACCAGUACCUCCUUCGGCAACUGGAGCUGUUCAAGGCUCUGUGCUUCGGUCGCAAUGACUUUGCGAUUCACGUGAUCACACGAGAGCAUGGCUACGUCACGUGGGAGGACGCCUUCCUGUGUCUUCAGUCAGAACUGCUUCCAGAUGCCAUUCGCGCCAAAUUCUGCGAGCUUAUCAUCGGACUGUUUGUGGACGUCGGCAACAACUAUUCUGUUCUAGACAACCCCAACAUCUGCUUUGUGUAUGAGUAUGUGGGCUCCAAAGACUCAGACCGAGAGCAGAGUCAAUAUGAAGCGGACGAGAAUAGAAUCGCUGGAGAGGUAGUCAAGGAUCUGGUCACCAUCUUCCCCGUGCUGAGGGACUGGCUAGCUGACUUCUUGUCCCAGAACUGCACCAUGACGGCUUCCAUGAUAGGUCGUAACCUUCUCAUCGAGCAGGUGCUUAGACUUCUGCACCAUCUGGUCAAGUUUGGCUAUUACAUGGACCUUGAUGAUGUCAGAAAGUUGUUGCCUCCCCUCUUGAGUCUCCUUGAUGGCCGCCAUGAUGUGCCCUUUCCAAAGGACAAGAGCAAAGGCUACUCUAAGGAUAGUAACAAAGCAGUCACCCAGUAUCGGAGCACCGGCCGCUUUGAGACCAGCGCGGAGUGUGAAGCCAUUGUAGAUGCUAAGUAUCAAGCCAUGGAAGUUCUUGACCUUCUCCUGACAUUCCAGCGAAACCAGCGGCUGAAGGUGUUUGUCACCAUGUUCAAACAGGCCGAGCAGGGCGCUGCCAAGAGGAAAUCUCAGUCCGUCCUGGAACCGUUACUCUACGAGGCAUACAACCCUUCUGAUCAGAAAAAGAAAGCUAUGAAGAAACAGAAGGAAGUACUCAGGGAACUGCGAGAAAUGUUCCACACCUCCGCCAUUUUUGACAUCGAAAGGACGACGGCCGUAUUAAUGGAUCUGUCCAACUACAAGUAUGACAAGAUGGUGGUCAAGUCUCUGGACAUCCUCAACAAGAUGUACUCUUCUCAGCACGACAUGUUCCGCUUGGCGAAUAAUGCGCAGGUGCUUCUGACGCACGACUCCGCCCGCGUGCAUCGCGAAGUUCAAAGGUCUUUGCCGACGCUACGGCGCCUGGCACGUGCCAAGCUGAAUGAUCAACAGGUGGCGCUAAUGUCAGAAGUCUUGGACGAACUGUGCGAAUUCUGCCAUCUUCCCAAGACACCCGAUGAACCGCACCACAUGAACCAAAACAUCAUGAUCAGCCAUGGUGUUCUGAAAAUAGUGUUGGACAUCUUGUCGCAAGAAAUUGAGUCUAAACUCAUUACCUUGCCAGUCCCGGAGAGGGGUGGUAAAUCCACACGAUCGUUUCGCGCCGUUCCGUUGGACCAGUAUGCCGGCAUGGAGACAGUCUUCAAAAAGACAUUGUACUUGUUGCGACUACUCAUCCGAGAGAACCACAAGGUCCAGGACCAGAUGUUCGACACGCUCGACAAGCUCUUGGACGUCCAGAUCGUCAGGUCCGACCUCGCCUUGGCUCUCAAAGAGAUCUUCAUCGGCAACCAGACGACAUGCCUGAAGGUGCACUCACGACAGGUGCAGCGCAUCGUGAUGCUGGCUGCAGAGAGUCAACAGGCGGCACCCGAGUUCCUGGACCUCCUGCGAGCUCUGGUGAAGGUGGAGGGCCUCGACCUGACCAUCAAGCGCAACCAGGCCCUGGUCAUGAAGUACAUAAUGCAGAACUUCAAAAAGGCCGCCUACGUACUGGACCAGCCGCGCCGCCUUAGGGAGAGCAUUCUGACCAACCAAACUGAGAGAGGUCAUCUGACAUACUUCAUCUCUCUAGUGGACUUGCUUGCUACCUGUGCAGAGGGAGAAAACAAGUUCAUUGAGUCCCUGUGUCAGACCAUCUUACCCGUGGAAGACCUACUAUGGGUGGCAAACCACCCCGAUAUAGACUGCAACCUCAAGCGACCCUUUCUGCAUUUCAUGCUGUGGGUGUACAUGAAGACCUCAGGGAAUCUGGUGGAGAGCGGAGCCGCUGAUCUGCAGCAUGACAAGUCCAUGUGGGACUUCAUCAACUCAGCCACCGGUGACAUCCAGCAGCUGGUGGACUACCUCGCGCGCCACCCGGACAAGAUACCCGUCCUACUGAAGGCGCCACCCGCCAAGAGUGAAGUGGCAGAAAGUGCGGACACAAGGGCAGUAAUGCAUCAUGCGCUCUUCUACGUCCUGGACGGUUUGCUGCCCUUUCUGCACGUGUUCUACACAGUGUUUUACUCACCUGACAAGGAUGUGUACACAAACGAGCUGAACACAACAGAAAGUAUUGCGAAUGCUCUCAUUGCGCUGUGUGACUUGCUAGGAGGUCACGUGCAGAAUCCUCAGCAUCUCCGGAACUUCGUCCUCGGUCUCACUACAGUGGUGUCUGUCUCCAACGCCUCUAAGGCGCUGUUGGUCAGUGUACUGGAGAGGUUCAUGGGUGAGAUGAAGCUGUUUGACACCACGAGCGCCGUCAGACGGGGCAACAUGGAGUACUAUGCCACUGAGUUAGAGCUUAACGCCAAGUUUCACACCUUCACCAGCAACUGCAUGCUGGUCCACUGCGGCCACAACACGGUGCAGGCACAGCUCAAAGUCAAGUGCAAGAGAGAAUACACAGCGCGAGGUACGAACGAGGAGCUGCCUCUGGGCGAGGAGUUCCAGAGUCUGGCGCGAUGUUUCCUCAACCCGCACGAGAAGAAGGCUGUGAAGAGAUUCGCUCUGGCCAGCAAGCUCAUAGAGCAGCUAUGGAUCUCGGCCACCCAGUGUAAGCAGCCCCGCAAGGACCAGCCCACCCACCCGGACCUGGACGUGCGCUGUCUGCAGAUCCUGAGGACACUCAUCCACAACGAGGAGCGACGCCUGCCGGAGGACUGGGCGCUACGCACUUCCGAGAACAAGAUUAAAAAGCAGCUCGUGUACAUCAAAGAGGUUCAAGUGGCACUUAAUGUGCACAGCACCAUCAUCAAAGUCUUGCCCCACCUGGCCAGGCGCAACGACGACAUUGUGCGCGAAGUGCUGGCCUUCAUCUGCAUCAUGCUCUUCAACGCAAACAGGGUCGUCCAGCAAUCGAUGCUGGAAUAUUUCCUGUCUACUCGAGAAGAAGUGUUCUUCAUGGCUGUGAGAGAUCGAAUGCAAAUCUCGACAAACGCCAUCAAGGAGAAAACUUUGUUGCUGAAAAAGACUCGUCGAAAUAAGAGCGGGCGCAGCUUGCUUGCGCAGCAUGAAGCCCGCGUGAAGGAGGCUCUGGCCAACAUGACCAACUACAACACGUCCCUCACGGUGGGAAAGAAAGCUCUGCAGCAAAUUCAAAUUUUCGAACAAAGGAUGAAGACGGAGAGACUGGGAGGAUGGGAAGCGAACGACAUUAACACUUUUGAGAACCCUGUCUACAAGCCUCGAGCCCUGUGCCGAGCCAUCCAACCCAGUGACGAAAUCAAACUCCGGCGCAGACUCACAUGGCGCCGGAAGUCGUCAAAGGAGAGAAGCAGCAAGAAAAACAGAGAACUGCGCAACGGAAUCAGUGCCUCAAAAGAUAGUGAAGCUCUCAUUGGUGAACAGACAGAAAUUGAACUGUCAGGGGGAAAGGUCGAGGAGGUCAAGAUGGAGGAGGACGUGGAGGUUGCCCUAGACGAGGGUGUGAAAGAUAUGCUGGAGUACAAAGAUGACGGCUACAUCGAACUCGUCCUCAAGCUUCUGGCUCGCAUCUGCGAUGGACAGCACACUGGUCUCCAGAACUACCUUCGCGAACAGCCAGACAAUGUCAAGUCCUUCAACAUUGUGGGCGAGACAGCGCAGUUCCUCAAUGUCGUCUACACUACCAUCACCAACAAGACCAUCGACCUGGUCAUUCAGCUCUUCAGCACACUGACAGAAUUCUGCUCUGGCAACCAGGAGAAUCGGGUUUCGGUAUAUGACAAAAAGGUCAUCGACUACAUCAACUUUAUUCUCAGGGCAGGUGACAUUGCAGACUGCCCCAUUGAGAAGGUCAUCGAGCUUCAGCAGACCAUCGGGAGCCUUGUCAUCGCUCUCAUCGAAGAGAAUGGACCAGGAGCUUCACAGGUGGCUAAGGAGGUGAAGGAUGCCCUGGACAAGGAGGCGGUGUGCCGGUGCCUGACUGCAUGCUAUGAGAUGUACCAGGCGGAGAAGAAAACCAAGCUGGAGGGCCUUGGGAAGGGACCUGAUGGUGCAGGAGGCUACCUUCAGUCCGCCAAGACCAUCGCUGCUUUUGGAGGGAGCCUGCUGCAGGGAGUUGUGAAAGGGAAGAAGAAAAACGCCCUGAAGGAGAGUGUCAUGGAAGUGGGUUUCACAUACUAUCUCAUCCUGGCUCGCAUGACCGACAUCGACCCUCAUUUACCUGACAGUCUUCAGCUGACCCCCGACAAGCAGAAAGCCCUUGACUACUACAAGAAGAAUUGUCUGUCCAUUGAGAUCGUGAAGGAGGAUAUUCUACAGAAAGUCAACUUUAGAGUCAAAAACAAAAGUGUUCUGCGCGAAGAAGUAAAGGAGAAGCUGAAGUGGAACGUGGAUCGUACGUCGCCCACCAACAAGAUCCGCGACUUGAUGGGGUGGACACGGGACAUCAUGAGGGACAUUUCAUAUCAGCGCAAGAUCCUCGACAAUCCCAUCGCCAAGAUGUUCACCAAGGGCUGGCUGUUGUGGAACUACGGCGCCACAGUGCUGAGCCUUGCCAUCAACGUGAUGAUGCUCGUCACGUGGAAUGCUCAAGCCUCUGUUGAGGACUUCGAGAAGCUAAAGAACAACAACAACAUAACCAUCAGUCCACUGACUUACGACCCCAAGCCCAAAAUAGUCAACAUGGCGGACCAGGACUACACCAUCAUCCUCUGGGCUCUGGGCGGCGUCCACAACCUCUUCUCGCUGUUUGUUCUCAUCUCCUACCUCUUGUCCAAUCAUCCGCGACUUCCACGCUUGGUUGAUGUUAGAAACUGCUGGAGGGGAAUGGUGGGAAACAAGCCAGCGGACGAAGAAGAGACGACCAAAGAAGACGACACUGUCUCCAAGCUGCACAUCCAGUUCUUCAGCUUCACUACCUUCUACUACCUUAUGUUCCUGGGUAUGUCUGUGGCUGGUACCAUGUUUCACGGGUAUUUCUUCGCUUUUCAUCUCCUAAACGUUGUCAACAACAACCAGCUUUUGUCGGGUGUCAUCAAAGCUGUUACGCUAAACGGAAUGUCUCUUCUGUGGGUGGCAGUGCUAGGCUUCAUCGUCAUCUACAUCUACUCAUUGUUAGGCUUCGCUCUAUUGCGGUCUUACUUUGAUCCAGGCAGUUACCUGUACUGCAGCACCUUGAUCGAGUGUACCGUGACGGUCAUCAGAUACGGACUCAUCGGAGACAUGUUCGAGGAGAUCAAGGUCAACCCACAGGGAAGCUCCUUCAGCAGCUUUUGGCCACUAGUUGUGUACCACGUGUCCUUCUUCAUCUUCAUCACCACCAUCGGCCUCAACAUUAUCUUCGGUAUCAUCGUGGACACCUUUUCCGAGCUCAGGGACUUAAAGUGGAGGGCUGAGUCAGACAUGAAAGACACGUGUUUCAUCUGCAGUCGCAACAGCUACGACUUUGAGCACCACGGCAAGGGCUUUGACUGGCACGUGCGACAUGAACAUAACAUGUGGGCCUACGUGUACUUCAUCAUGCACCUGGAUGACAUUCAGGCCAGCGACUACACAGCUCUGGAGUUGUACGUGGCGAGGCUGAUGGAGAACGAGAACUAUGAGUUCAUGCCCCUCAACAGAGCCCUGUGUCUGUCGUCAGUGGACAUCGACUCCACAGAGUCCAAGAUAGAUGAGUUGCUGCACCAGGUGACCUCCAUCGCCAAGAAACAGCGAGAAGAUGAAGCCGAGAAGAAGCGCAAGAUGGAGAAGCUGAAGCAGAGACGCUGGCAGGAGAAGCACCGCCGCUUCAUCUUUGGCGUCACGGCCAGUGAGUAUGACACGGACCGUGACCCUCUGCUGCCCCAGUCACGGGCCGUCAGUGUCGACCGCUACGUGUCGCGCGAGGCCAGCGCGUGCAGGGACUCCGCCCCCACCAACGGCUACAGCCCCGAGGAUGGUAACGGAAACGGUAACGGCGAAGGCGACGCUGGCGACACGGAGCGCAAGGACUCUCAGGCCAGCCUCGUCCGCUUCCUGGCUCCGCCGCCCCCAGACUUCUUACGCCAGGUCCCCACAACCACCUCGCCCUCCCCGCCGGCUGUGCUGCCUCGUCAGCUGGCGACAGACAUGACCCCAAUGACCUCGUCGCCGCAAUUUUCCUCUCCUUCUACACCCCCCUCGCCACCUCCACCUCCACUCCCACCUCCUCCUCCGCCUCUCCCGCCGCUGUCGCCGCCGUCGCAGCAAACGCCUUCACCUGAACAUCCACAGCAGCAACACCAGCAGCGGCCGUCAGCACUGCCAUUCCACAGCGCCAUCGCCGCCAUGGCGGCCUCUGUUAGACGAGCUCACUCCGACGAGGGCAUGGAUGACGUUCUGUCCGACAGUGACUCUGGCGACAGCGUGCCCCGUAGAGGUUCCUACGACCUCCUCGACGAGGACAUUCCCUUCAAAGAUUCGCUCUCCCUACCCCCGCCUCCACCCCCGAUGCCGGCUGUCCCAUCUCUUCCUGCUUCCUUCGCUGCUUUGCCAGAGCAGACAACACCCGACUUCACAAGCUCACCGGAGUCCCCAGACGCCCCGGUGGCAACAGACAGCCCAGGGAGCGCUGAGCCGGAAUCCGAGGACAUAUCGACGCGAUUCUGAGUCAAGUACGAACGAGCAAACACUGACAUCGUUGCUAAACUUGUGCUUUGUCAAAGUUUACCGAAAGAGAAAAAUAAACCAUCAACGCAGAAGUCUGAAGGUUCCCUUGCUCCCGCAGAGCAGUGUGUCUCAUCAACUUGCAUUCUCACUUCCAGGACGACGCUCUUCCGGUACAGCGGUCCUCUUGGCAUCUGCUUCAUUUCAGUCUUCAGUGGAUGAACAAACGGCCGAUAUCCGUCUCACAAGUGGAUUCUCAGUGGCUCGUGAUGCUGGUUUCGGAUUAAUUAUAACGUGUGGUGUUCCGUAUGGAGUCAUAGAAGCAUGUACAACUCUUCUGUAUUGGUUCUUAGAAACCUGUGGGGUCAUGCUGGGUUCAUAGCCAUUUGCGUUGUUGAAUGUCGUUAACGGAAGGCGGAAAUGAUGUUAUCAUGGGUAUGCGCCGAGCUCUUGAAGAUGUUUUAUCGGUGAUAAACGAAAGCUUCGCAAAUGUAUUGAGGAUGACAUACAGAUGUAUGCUUUAUUGUUUACAUACGGUGUGUACAAGCGCUGCAAGCACUUACCAUAAUAUUUUGAGAUUUGCUGCCGUUGUUUGCAGUAACACAAUUGUCAAUGCCUCAGGCUUGCUAUUUCGCUAUUUUCACGAAUACUUUUCAUAGUCAAGAGGACUUUACUCUUAAUCGAAAUCUUUUCACGAGCAUGUUUUCCUGUCAACACUGCUGUCACGUGUCGCGAAUGUGGUUCUCUAAUGACACUAAAUUAGUAGGAAAAGUGUUUUCUAGUGGCAAAGUUAGCAAUACAGUCAUUUCAUUGUGUACCUACUUCUUCUCUGUCCCCUCUCUAAUUCAGAUUACGCCACGAUUUUUUUUUGUUUUUUUUUUAUUUUUUUCUUGGUAGAAGGAUUACAAUUUUACAAAACAGAAAUACAAUUUGCAGAGUUUUGAAAGUUUUAAAAGACUGUACAGUGGGUGAAAGCAAGUAUAGAGACUCACCGUCCCAGCCUUGAUGGUCAGCAACAAGUUCUGGUUAGGACGGUUCCAUUAAGGAAGCUGAGAUGACAGCUACUACAGUUCUUCAACCCCUUGAGCUCUAUGAAUAUGAGCUGCGAAGUUUCUCACGAGUGUGUUCAAGUCAAAUCUCUGUAUUUCUUUGUAUUUAAUUUAAUCAGUUAUCGGCGCAGUCCCGGCAAAUUGUCACAGUACCAUUUUAUCUGCUAGGUUAUUACUUUAUGUUGUGCCGUCCAUUUUCAGUGCCCACUGUGUUAGCUCAUUGAGACUGGGUUAUUGUACAAAUGUCUGCAUUGCCAGUCACUUUUUUCUUGUUUAUAUUUUCAGCGUUCGAAUUGUGUCUUCAUGCAAGCAUUGAAAAAAUAACUGAGAAAAAAAAAAGUUGCUCGCUAAUAUUUGUCGAGUUUCAGAUCCACUGUAACGUUGGACAUUUUGCCAGCAAAAAUAACGAAUAUAAAACAUUUAGAUAUGUUAUGUAUUUAAUAAGAGGAUUAAUAUUAUGACAGCGCUUGCAGGUUGCCUGGCGUGUGAUGCACAACAUCCCAACAUAAAGACAAGGCGAGAUUCGAUGCUGAUUAUGACCUCCGGUAUUCUUGAAGAAUGCAGUUUCCG